AUGUGGGGAAAGAUGGCCGACGGGCCUCGCUACCUGCUUUCACCAUCCUCCUUCGGACCAACAUAUUUCGAGCUCUCGAUUCCGAACCGGGUCAUCUUUGGAGACGACGGCGGCGGCACGGCAGCCGACGGCGACGACGAGUACGACUGCGAGGGGCCCGCCCGGCAUAACAACGAUUUCGGCAACGACAGCGACGGCUUCCCUCUGCGGUUGCGGCUGUGGAGAUCCAAAUUGCAUCGCAUCGAGCGCGAGGAUUGCAAGCAGGUACAGGGGGAAGGUCUUCAGGAGAAGCUCAAGCAAGGACCAGCAGCUGUACCGUACGACGUCUUCGUAAGGAUGAGCCUUGAUAGAGUGGAGGUGACGCAAGAGGUUCUCCUGGCGGUCCUCAGCCACGCGCACUCGACCGAGGCCGAGGAGGUCAUGGGGCUGUUGCUGGGGGAUAUCACGGACGACUCCUCUACGGGCGGCGCGGUGGUGUGCCGGGUGUCGUUGGCUUUUCCGCAGAUCCGUACCGAUAGACGGAAGGACCGUGUGGAGACCUCCCCCGAGCAGAUGGCUCGCUGCUCAGCGCACGCGGAACGACUGAGUCGUGAGACGGGACUGCGCACCCGGGUAGUGGGCUGGUACCACAGCCACCCGCACAUCACAGUGCUGCCUUCACACGUCGACGUGCGAACACAGGCCAUGUACCAGUUGCUGGACCCUGGCUUCGUGGGCCUUAUCGUCUCCACCUUCAAUAGGGACGCGGCAUCGCAGACGUCCACUGUACAGUUGUUAACCUUUCCGUCCCUGUUUGCCCACAUGCUCAUCAAUCGCCUCUCUUUCAUGCCUACUCAACGGCAGCUGACAGCAUUCCAGUCGCUACCAGACGGGGCCAUCGUCCCCGUUGCUGGUGGUGUUGGUGCUGGUGCUGGCAACAGCGACGGCAGCAGCAGCAGCAGUGGUGGUGGUCUAGUCCGCAGCAUUGUGCAUAGUCCCACGGGACCUUUGGUUCGCAAGGAGGUCCGCGUAUCUGUCGUCCCCUCCGUUACCUCUCUGGAGCGCUCCUUCUCGGACCUGCUGGUGGUGCAGAAGAUUCUGCUGAUGGAAGAGAACGAGUUGACCGAGGUGCAUCACGCAGGAGUGUACCAGGCGCACUUGGUACGGCUCGUGGAGACGUCCCUGCGACCCGCCCUGGUGUCUGUGGCGGCACUUGUGGCCCAGCAGCGCGCUCAGGAACAGCAGCUGAGGGCGCAGCUGAGCGACGCAGAUAAGGCCCUACUACGCUUUAUUUUCAGCGGCAAUACAAGCUUUUGGAGUAAGCCCGCAGUGGCCAUCCGGAUAGGCUUUGGGACCGCCCCCUGGCGCUGCGUCAACCGCUGCCAGACACAGUAUUUUCCUACCCUGGCGGAUUGCGCUCCCGACUGUACAUCCCAGGUGUACUGUACCGCGACAGGAACUGUUCCAGCGUAUUCCUGGUCCAUUCCUUGUUGCGCACUGAGCCUCUUCGACCAGACAUCUGCGUACGAUACGUUCCCAGCUCCAGCGCAACCCUGGUGCAGUACGUACCCACCCUGGUACUUUGAGGACGUCUACUUCAGCGAUUCAUUCACCACUAACGCUGUACUACCCGAUCGAAGCGGCCCCAACGGCACAACGUUUGACCUGUAA